AUGCUGGGGUUUAUCUUGACCAACUUGCCGCUUCGCGUUCGAAGCGGUGGUCAUCGCGUUCUGUAUCAAGGACCAGGACUCGCUCGGGGAAGUAUCCGCCUACCAAAAGGACGGCGUCCUGUCGCCCUGCCACAUGCUCUCUUCACUACCAUCAGAUCUAACGAAGUAGAGCUUGAUGCGUCUUACGACCAAUUUGAAGAAAUCAUCCACAACGAAAAGUCCCUCUACAAAUUCGUUGUUGGAGAUUUCAACACUAAGCUUGGCGAAGCACAAGAAUGCGACGAAGGAUCUUUUCAGAAUAAGCUUUCAGAAGAAGCUCGAGGCUUGACCAGAACGCCACACAUCUCGAAAGGCUGCGAGCGAAUAUCAACUGGUUACCAACCAUCUGGCCCGGAACGUCACGCUAAUCUGUUCGAUUCCACAGUUCUUCCUGCGCUCUGCUACGGGACAGAGACUUGCGUGACCAGUGCAUGCACGUCAAGGGCUCUGAGCACAAGUCACAGAGCGCUCGAGCGAUGUAUUUUGAGGUUCAACCGAGUCACGCAAUAUCGAGCUGGACUCCGCAGCUCCGAUAUGCGCAGAAUGUCUCGAUUCCGCGAUCCGGUGGAAUACACGAAGAACGCAAAAUUUCGGUGGACCGGUCAUAUAAUGAGAAGAGAUGAUGACAGAUGGACAAGAAGAACAGUCGAGUAG